UGCGCCAAUUCAAAUAUGGCAAAAUAGGCGUGGCAGCACUACCAAUCUGAGAAGUGAAAAAAGAAAAUCCCUGCUUCAACUGUCAGUCACUCCCAAAAAGUUGUUGAAAGAUUUUGUAACAAAAUCCACAAUUUUUAGUUAAUUUUGUCAGUUUUAACUGCUUUUAAUAACUAAUUUGAACAUCAUGUCUUCAAGAAAAACUGUAAGCCGUCGUGGAACAACCAAAAAAAGGGCUCAAAGAGCAACUUCCAAUGUUUUCGCCAUGUUUGACCAAGCCCAAAUCGCUGAAUUCAAAGAGGCCUUCAACAUGAUCGACCAAAACCAUGACGGAUUCGUUGACAAAGAAGACCUGCAUGACAUGCUUGCCUCCUUAGGAAAAAACCCUACCGAUGACUACCUAGAUGGUAUGAUGAACGAAGCCCCAGGUCCCAUAAACUUUACCAUGUUUCUAACACUCUUUGGUGAAAGACUUCAAGGUACUGACCCAGAAGAUGUUAUAAAGAAUGCUUUUGGAUGUUUCGAUGAGGAUAACAAUGGGGUUAUCAAUGAAGAACGAUUGAGGGAACUUUUGACCACCAUGGGUGACCGUUUUACCGACGACGAAGUGGAUGAAAUGUACAGGGAGGCUCCGAUCAAAGGGGGACUGUUUGAUUAUGUUGAAUUCACUCGUAUCCUGAAGCACGGAGCUAAAGAUAAAGAUGAACAGUAAAGAAAUGUUUUAUUCACUUGACAAGUAACCUUAAUAUUUUAUUAAUUAAUUUUCUGUGGAAAUUUUUAAGUAUUUAACUAUUUUUUUACAACUUUUUUUGGUAUUCUUUUAUAUUAUUAAAAUAUUGUAUAUAGGGAGAUAGAAAAAUGUUAGCUUAUAAAUAGGUUUUGAUAUAUUAACAGAAUUUUUGUAUUUAUUAAAUAAAUAACAGUAAAAUAG